UUUUUUUUGAUGGAACCGGAUAAAGCAAGCUUAUGUUUCCAACAAUUUUUUUCUUUUACACUAGAAUUUUGGAUAGACAGGAUAUUAUUACAUACUGCAGUUUAUGCUUACUCAUUCACUUCCAGAAUCUAAAUCCAGCUGUGCCUCUUUCUUUUGGAGCUUUAGAUUUCAACUUUUCUCAUCUGCAUCCAUCAACAUCUACGAUGGUAAGUUGGUAACUCUGGUCCUAAUAGCACCCUCUCAAAGGUGCCUUUCAUGGAGCACUCUUUUUUUAUUUCCUAGUGGGUUGUAUACAAGACACCUUCACUCUAUUUCCGAAAGGUCCAAUCAUUUGAAACAGAUCAGCAAUUAAGUUCCAAUACGCAAAAUAACAAAAAUAAAAAAACCAGCUUUAUCCUGUGUUUGGGGAGUAUGCUAACAUUCAAUUUCUAAACAUUAUUUUCUUCUCUACUGUUUAUAAAUACCUCCUGUUGCUGGUUUGGAAAUCUCAAAGGGGGAAGGAAUACAGGGCCAAUGGAGAGAGAACUUAAAGCUAGUGAAAUCCAUAUUUUGGUAUUGCCUUAUCCUGUUCAAGGCCACCUAAAUCCAAUGCUCCAAUUCUCCAAGCGCCUAGCCUUAAAAGGUCUCAGAGUCAUGCUACUUGCAGCCAUGUCAAUUAGUGAGUCUAUUCCUGAUCAAGCUGGCUCUGUCAAGAUUCAGCGAAUUUGUGAUGGGUUUGAUGGGGAUGGAAAGGUGGAUAGCCUUGUCUACCAUGAGCGUUUCAGUGUCGUCGUUCCACAAAGUUUGCGUGAGGUUGUUGCAAGACAAAAUUGUUCUAAUUGCCCUUUUAACUUCCUUGUGUAUGACUCAACUCUGCCAUGGGCUCUGGAUGUAGCCCAUCGGCUGGGUCUUGAUGCAGCUCCAUUUUUCACCCAAUCCGCUGUUGUCAGUGCUCUAUACUACCAUGUGCAUCGAGGGACACUGAAGAUGCCUGUAGAAGGUCCUACUGUGACAGUUCCUUCAAUGCCGUUGCUUGCAGUUAGUGAUCUCCCUUCAUUCAUUCAUCACAUGGACGCGUACCCAUCUAUACUGAGGCUCGUAGUGGAUCAAUUUUCAAAUAUUCAUGAUGCAAAUUGGACUUUCAUUAACACUUUCGAACAAUUAGAAAAUGAGGUAUUGAGCUGGAUGAGAAGCCAGUGGCCAGUGAAGACAGUAGGGCCAAUCAUCCCAUCAAUGUACUUGGACAAGAGACUGGAGGAUGACAGAGACUACGGCCUCAGCCUCUUCAAGCCAAACCUGGAUGCCUGCCAGACUUGGCUGGACCAGAAGCAAGCAGCCUCUGUUGUUUAUGUUUCAUUUGGAAGCUUAGCUUCCCUGGGAGAGGAGCAGAUGGAGGAAAUAUCACAGGGCCUGAAGAGAAGCAACGCCCACUUCAUUUGGGUGGUGAGGGAAUCAGAACAGCAGAAGCUUCCCACCAACUUGGUGGAGGAAACUACAGAUAAGGGGCUAGUGGUGAACUGGUGCAAUCAGCUUCAAGUACUCGCUCAUCAGGCGGUGGGGUGCUUCCUCACCCACUGCGGAUGGAACUCGACGCUGGAAGCCCUAAGCCUAGGGGUGCCUAUGGCAGCAAUGCCGCAGUGGACAGAUCAGACAACGAAUUCUAAGUUCAUUGCUGAUGUGUGGAAAGUAGGGUUGCGGGUUAAGAGGGACGAGAGUGGGAUUGUUCGUGGAGAGGAAAUCGCUCUGUGCAUAAGGGAAAUAAUGGAGGGAGAGAGGGGAAAUGAGAUAAGGAAGAACGCUCACAGGUGGAAAGAACUUGCCAAAGAGGCAGUGGAUGAAGGAGGGAGUUCUAAUAAGAACAUUGAGGAAUUUGUUGCAGAACUUGCAGAAGUUGAGGGUGAUGCAUCAUGAGAGACAAUCUCCCCCCAAUAAUAAGAAUUUGCUUGUUGGAUUUC